AAACAAAUACUUCAAAAUUCAAAAUGUUUGCUGGCAACUCGCAACCCAUGCAUGUCUCAUGCAUUUAAAAAUAAUUGAUAACCAUAAAUUUCCAAUUCUAGAUUUAGAUUUCUAUUGAUUGUGUAAAUUUCAGAUAUAGCCCAUACAAAGUUGAAAUUUUUCGUGAUAAUUCAUUGUAAGUUUUUACUUUUUGUUAAUUAAUUGUUCUGGACUAUUUUAAUCAUUGGAUCAAUCUCAACUUUUUGGUGGGCGCAUGGUUUUUUAUGCUAAUCAAAAUGCCGAACGUUCAAAAUACAGGCGGGUCAUCAAGAAUGACUCAAGAAGAACUAGUUGAAUUCAAACUGAGACAACAGCUAAGGCAAUCAAGUGUGGAACUGAGAGACCUGGAAGCAAAGCUGAAAGUAGCUUACGUCAAUAAAGAACUCCAUGCUCAAAUUCAAGAAAGAAUAACAGCAAAAGCAAUUGAGAAGGAGAAGGAGAGAAAUAUUAAAGAAGCAAUGAAUACUGUAAUGGAGAAACAAAAGGAAGAAGAACACAGAAGAGAAUUGGAAAUGAUUAAACGGAAACUUGAAUAUCGGAGAGAACUUCAGCAACAGAUAGAGGAAACUAACAGGGUGGAUGAAAAAGCUUUCAGAAUAUUCAUGAAGGAUAAAGCCUUGAUAGAUGCCAUUGCCCAACAAUUGCAUGAUGAAGAAAUCAGGCAACAAGAGCUGGAUUUGAUCAAGAAAAUGAAGACUAAGGAGGAAUUAGACAAUUUCAUAUUAAUGAAAGAAGCAUGGAUGAGGAGAGAAAAAGAACUCAUCCAGGAAGAAGACAGGAAACUCAUAGUAUAUUGGCGUCAGAAAGACGUUAUUGAAGAAACUAGAAAAAAAGAACAACAAGAGGUUACUGAGGAACUUGACAAGAGGAAACAGGUUCUGAUGCAGUAUUUGGUAGAGGAAAAGGAGAAAAAAGAACAUGAGCAGCAAAUAAUGGAGGAAUUCGCGAUGAAGGUGCAGAGAUUAAGAGAAGAAGAUAAAAUUCGGGAGGAUAUGGAAAAGGCUGUGCGACAAAAGAUUGAGUUGAAAAGGAUUAAUGAUAAUCAGAGGAAAGAUAGACUCGAGGAACUCGAACGAGAGAGACAAUUGGAUGAUCUCUAUAGACAACAGCUACUCGAUAAGUUUGCUGAAGACGAACGAAUAGAACAAAUGACCAAAGAACGACGUCGUCUGAAGAUCAUAGAUAAUCGAAGAGCCGUACAAAACCAGAUGGAAGAAAGACAACGGAAACGUGUUGAAGAGGAGAGAAGACUCAAAGAACUUGAGAGAUUGGAAGAGGAUCACAUUCGUUCAAGACUGAAGUUGAUAGAAGAGGAGCGUCUGAGGAUGCUGAGAGAACACGCUACUCACCUCAUCGGAUUUCUGCCAAAGAACCUGCUGCAGUCCAAUGAUUUUCCCCAUCUGGGGUCGUCCAUAGUAGACAGCAGUAGGGGUACAGUGAACAGCUGUACCAGGCCUCCUGGGCUUCUAGGGACGACUUUGAAAGUUCCAUCAAGGAACAUGUGGUUCGCCUAACCCAGGUGGACAAUCGCAUCAACCAGUCUCCUGCUGGCAAACCAGAUUGUUCCGCCUCCCACUUCUGCCACAAAGAAGUCACUCUGUCCAUCUCUCGUUCGACGAAGGUUGGCAAAGCGAUCUUCCUGAAGAGACGCCCGCAUCUCUUCGAUGGAUUUUGGCGUUUUGGGCUGAAUCGCCCUCCUAGAUCUGGCCAUAGUUCGCAGAACCGUAGAUCUUGAUAGUCGUACAGCUGCAUCUCUAUGUCUGGGAAAGUAAUUAAAGAAAAAAUACUUUACUUAAUACUCAC